AAGCGGCCGCCGUCAGAAACUGGAAACCAGUGGCCAUCUGUUGCUUAGUCCACUCAAAAGAGGAUGUUGAGGCUUGUUUUUCCUUCGGACACAAGAGUGCUUGGGAGCCCCGCAGCCCCCAGCCUGUCUUGAGCUGAGUGUCUCUGAGAUGGCAGCGAAUUCAGGGGCUGCGUGGAACUCCCCAAGUGGAUCCCACAGCGCGGAACAUAUCCAUGACAGCGAUGGGAGCUCCAGCAGCAGCCACCAGAACCCCAAGAGCACAGCCAAGUGGGCGGCCUCGCUGGAGAAUCUGCUUGAAGACCCGGAAGGCGUGAAAAGAUUCAGGGAAUUUUUAAAAAAGGAAUUCAGUGAAGAAAAUGUUUUAUUUUGGCUAGCAUGUGAAGAUUUUAAGAAAACGCAGGAUAAGAAGCAGAUGCAGGAAAAGGCAAAGGACAUCUACCUGACCUUUCUGUCCAGCAAGGCCUCAUCACAAGUCAACGUCGAGGGGCAGUCCCGGCUCAAUGAGAAGAUUCUGGAAGAACCACACCCACUGAUGUUCCAGAAACUCCAGGACCAGAUCUUCAAUCUCAUGAAGUAUGACAGCUAUAGCCGCUUCUUGAAGUCUGACUUGUUUUUAAAAUACAAGCGGACGGAGGAAGAGGAGGAAGAGCCACCCGAUGCCCAAACAGCCGCUAAAAGAGCUUCGAGAAUCUAUAACACCUGAAUGUCUGAGAAGCCGGCAGGACUGGCAGCUGUCGGAGGCGGUGGGGCCCGGCCCCAGCCCCAGGACCUUCCGUGGGAUAUGUGUAUUUUCAAAACCUUCAGUGGGAUAUGUGUAUUUCCUUCACUGCUUGGCCAGUAAGUUUUGCAUGACGGUCGCUGAUCUAGCUUAAGAAAACAAAUAGCUUUGAAAUUUUAGUACAUACACAAACACACCUGGAAAAUCCUCACACUGAGCAUUUUAUAGUUUGAUUAAAAUUCACUUGAAGCCAUCAGGUGAGACUCAGAGCCACCUAUUGCCUGCGAGUCUUUCCCUGGCCAC